AUGGCACCCACUCCAUCUCCGCAGCCACUUGAUUUGUCGCACCAUUUCUCCUAUGCGGCCAAGAAUCGAGCCCCGAGCAGUAUCAAGGAAUUCUACAAGUAUUUUGCCAUUCCAGGAAUCGCAAACUUUGCGGGAGGCUUACCCCAUCCUUCAUACUUUCCCUACGAUACCCUCGAGGCCACCGUUGCACGACCGCAACGUCUGGAGCGAUCCAGCAAGGAUGACGGCAAAGCCGAUCGAUUGAUCGUCCCCAAAGAGGUCCCAAUCACAGAUCCCUCACAAAAGAUCGACCUAAGCACGGCUUUGCAGUACGGCACCGCUCAGGGCUACCCGCCACUCUUCUCCUUCCUGCGCAAGUUUACUCGCGAACAUCUUCAUCCGAACGUACCUUAUGCAGAUGGGCCCGACAUCGUUCUCUCUUGCGGGAAUACGGAUGGCUUCUCCAAGGCGGUCGAGCUGUUCACCAACAUUUGGAAUCCCGACCGAGAUUGGAUACAGCAGCGGGAAGGUGUUCUCUGUGAGGAGUUCACCUAUAUGAACGCCAUUCAAACCAUUCGACCCCGUGGUCUCAACAUUGUGACAGUGGCCGUGGAUGCGCAGGGAAUGGUGGCCCACGGUAAAGGAGGCUUGGAGGAUGUGCUCUCCAACUGGGAUUUUCGCCGCGGUCGACGGCCGCACUUGAUGUACACUGUGACAAUUGGCCAGAACCCCACGGGAGGGAACUUAUCGAUCGAGCGGCGAAAGGAGAUCUAUGCCUUGUGCUCAAAAUUCGAUGUCAUCAUUGUUGAAGACGAGCCGUACUGGAACUUGCAAUUCCCAUCUGCAUAUGAGAAGGAAGCUCACCACCGAGGAGGCUCGACCGCCAUGUCGACGCCGUACGAUCGAAGCUACAACGCCGAGGGCAAGUCUUCCGGCUACGCGUUCCUGGACUCCCUGGUCCCCUCCUACCUCUCCAUCGAUACGGAGGGACGAGUUGUUCGACUCGAUACCUUUUCCAAAACCGUCGCCCCGGGGAGUCGUCUGGGCUGGAUCACCGCGCAACCGGCGGUCAUUGAGCGAAUCACUCGUAUCACCGAGGUGUCCACGCAGCAGCCUUCGGGGUUUGUGCAAGCCAUCGUGGCCCAAACGAUCAUCGGCGAACAGCUCAAGGACAAGGCGACUCGUGAUUCGCGGAGCUGGCACAUGGACGGGUGGGUCCGCUGGCUGGAAGGGCUCAGGGGAGGCUACGAGCGACGGAUGAACGACAUGUGCACCAUCCUAGAGGAGAACAAGUACUUGUACUCGGAUGAAUCCUGUGAGGAUCCGUCCUCCGUCGCUGAGCAUGGCAACGACUGGGAGAUAGUUGAGCGAACGCAAAUGCUCGACUUUGUCUGGCCCAAGGGCGGCAUGUUCGCCUGGGUCGAGCUUCAUCUCGAAAACCACCCGCUGCGAGCCAAGUACAGUGAGCAAAGGCUCUCCAAGGCCUUCUGGGUGCACCUGACUCAAAAGCCACACUUGUGCUUGGUAGGACCGGGUCAGAUCUUUGCGGCUGGGCCGAGUUCGGUGGAAAAGCAACAUCGGUAUAUCCGUGUUUCGUUCGCCCCCAUGGAUCCCGGUGACGUUGCCUCGUAUACAAACCGACUGAUUGAUGGGUUCCGAUCGUUCUGGAAGCGUAAGAAUCUGGAUGGGCUGGAGGAUAGUGGAGAUGGAAAGACACUCGCGAGUUUGGGCAAUCUGCAGUUGAAUUCAGGAGUGAGCUUCUUGGGACCUGGAUGUUGA